AAUCAGGUGUCAACAUCCAAUGGAGGCACCGAACUAACGACGUUCACAGGAAUACAAUAAUUUUUGGCCGCUACCAGGCAACAAACUCAGCACAUGAGUUGAGUUAUAUGCCAUAAAUUUGCCAAUCGAUUAUCAGGUUGCGCAGUAUGCUUUACGGUGGCCCACUCGGGACUUACUUGAGUGGAAUUUCAUCUGCCUCAACCGUUACCCAAGGGCCAUCCUCCUCAACGGGAUACCUAUCAAACCCGUAUACUCCCCCCAACUAUUUGGGUACUAGCUUGCGACGGAACACUUCAAGAUAUCGGUCUAACACAUCAAUCGGAUCCGGUUUGCCAACAACCAGCCAAGCAGUCACGUCAAACGGAACAAGUUCAACUAGUCCUUCCCUAUCGUCAUACUACACGCCCCAAGUGCGAAGGAAGUAUGCAACCUCGGAGAGCGAGCCAGCGAAAGCGACCGGUCGAUAUCUUUCAAGGACGCCGACAAGAGGCUCAAAUUUUGCAAACACUACAGUGAGCAGUACAAACCCGAUUCAGACCUCCACCUCUUCGUCACUCCCGGACAACUCAGCAACUGGACCUUGUCACUACCCACGAAGGUCACCAUGCAAGAACAUUCCUGCGGCUACAGGUUACAGUGGAUCUACAUCGGGCAACAGCUCCUCAUGGAAUUUGGACUUUAGCACAGCAGCCGCUGGCUCGGUGGAUUACAAACGACUCUACGAGGCAGAGAAGCUAGCCACCGAUGCACUUCGGGCAGAAAUUGCUUUGGCGCAAAAAGAAACGCGUGAUCUGCAAGGACAGAUUGAAUCUGCAAUGAAAACCCGACGCUCGAACAAUGUCGAGCAACGCAAACUGGAAAGAAGAAUUUCGGAAUGUGAGGAAGAACUCAAACUCCUGGAGAAACUCCGAGCAGAAUCAGAGAAACUCCGUGCUGAACACCGUGCUCUCGUCCGAGUGGUAUCCCGAUUAAACCGAGAACAAUGAAUGAUACACAGUGUGGACCAACAACUCAAACCAUACCCAAGAAGGGGUAAAAAUUGUAUACAGCCCAUGAUGUACGUAACGGGUACCAUUUCAUGUUAUCAGGAUUCGGAAUGCUGUGUUUGUACAUUUUCCGAGUAUUUGCGCAAACAUGAAAUGCCUGCAGUAAAUCUACUUUGCAUUC